AUGCAAGUUUCCCAGCAACUCAAUCCGACUGGUAGCUGUCACUGUCAGGUUAACGCGGGGUCGCCGGCAGUAGUGCUGCUGUGUGGCCAAAAGCUGAAAGACCAGAUCCUGACAAUGAGAAACGGAGUUGGGAAACUCACUCUACUCAGACUCGGUUUGAAACAAGCCCGUCGAAUAAUUGCAAUUAAUCACAAUCCAAUACUCAAGAACAUCUUGGUGGCAGCCUUCUUUUCGCUAUCUGCCUGGGCUCAGAGCAGUCCUCCAGCGGGCGCGUUGAUUGUGAGGCAAACCAACUCUGGUACAAGCGGAGCAGAAUUCACCACGAUUUCGUCUGCCGUGGCGGCCUUGUCCAGACUCACUGGACCACAAACCAUAUUCAUCUAUCCCGGUACUUACACUGAACAAGUUAAAAUAAGUUACCCUUAUUCUUUGAGCUUGCAGGGGUACUCCAGCAAUCCCACCUCUUCGGCCAGCAAUCAAGUAACCGUGAGGGCGGCUGUGAGUGCAGCUCAGGCUGGGAGCAAUUCCAAAAGUGCAACAAUCUGGGCUUACAGUCCGGGCUUAGGUUGUCUGAUUGAAUCAUUUGCUGAUAAUUUUACUAAUUGCUGUUCACUUCUGGUGCGAAUUAGAAACGUCAUCAAUUCAUUUGGGACAGGCACAGACACUCAGGCACUCGCUCUAGCGGCAACGGGGAGGAGACAAGUCUUCAAACAUUGCGUUUUCAGUAGCUUUCAGGAUACUGUUUCAAUUGAAGGAACCUCUUAUUUCUUCGAAUCUCGUAUUGAAGGUGCAGUAGAUUUCGUAUUUGGUUCCGGUUCAGCUUGGUUUGAAGCUGUCAUCUUGGCUAUCAAGCCCGCGUCCUCCCCUGUCAUCACUGCGCAAAGAAACAGUCCGGGUGGUAUAACGGCAUUUGUAUUCAACAGAGCACAAGUAAUCUCGGCAGGCGCUUCAGCAGGUUCGGCCUAUCUGGGUAGACCAUGGUCCGAAGAUGCCACCGUAAUUUUCCAAUUCUGUUCCUUGAGUGAUGUCAUCAAUCCAGCAGGUUGGAGGAUUUGGGCCCCCAGUCAACCAAACACUGCCCGCGCGAAAUUUCAAGAAUAUCGAAACAGUGGUCCUGGUGCAAGCACAAGGGCUCGUCAACUUGGUACUCAGAUGUCUUCUCAAGUAGAAAUCAGUUCUAUUUUAGGAUCUGAUUAUAGCACUUGGGCGCAAUAA